CUAUAUUUCACCUGAAAUUUGACUGAAACGAACGAGUAACAACUUUAUAAGCGGUAGGAACCAUUAGUGAGAAAACUCAGCGGAGCACCGGAGAGUUCCCGGUGGACAACUUCCGGUCCCGAGGAGGUCAAAAUGCUCGCUCUGAGAGGGUUACAGCGUCUAAAGCCGGGUUUAUCUCUGCAUGGAAAUACAAGUUUAAGAACAAUAACUUCAUAUGUCAUCCAACAGAAAGACGACCUGCUCGUCCAGAUGGAAAACCCGUUCAAAGAGCCGGAGAAAGGAUGCCUCCUCUGCAACGUCACAGUGGACUUCAAAAACACUCAGCUGCUGUCACAGUUCAUCUCUCCUCACACUGGCAGGAUCUACGGGCGCCACAUUACAGGAUUAUGCGGAAGGAAACAAAAGGAAAUCUCGAAGGCCAUAAAGAAAGCUCACUCAGUCGGUUUCAUGUCUGUGAUCCACAAACAUCCUCAGUUCAUGCGGGACCCCAAUGUCUGUGGAAUCAAACAGCUGGAUUAGUGUCAUUGUGUUUAUUAAAGCUGUCAGGACGGUU